AUGGGCGCAUUCGAGGCGUUCCUGCUGGCAGCAGCCAAGCGGGCACCGUUUGCGGUUGGCGAGGCCGCUCUCACCGCGGCGGCGCGGCGGCAGCCGCAGAAGCGCCUCCGGGAAGACGACGCGGCGACGGACGGGGGCGGCGGCGCCACGAAGCAGCCGGCGGCUCCCGAGGAGGAUGUGGCGCGGCUGCAGCGGCUGCUCGUGGACGGCCCGCUGCAGCCGCUCGGCCUGGAGCACGCGGUGUACCACGUCCUCCUCCCUGCCUUCGCCGCCGCGAUGGGGGCGGCGCGGGAGGUGUGGCGCGCCACGGCGGCACUGCAGGCGGCUGCGGAAGCGGCGGCCCCAUCGCGGCAGGAGCCGGGCGGGGGCGCGCCGCCCAGCAUGGAGGCGUUGCAACGGGCCGUGGCCGCGGCUCAGACGAAGUUGGCGGCGCAGCGGCAGUUGCUGGACGCCGCGGAGGCCAAACUGCGGGUGACGGUGGGUGCCGUGACGUCUGCCUGCGCCGCGGCGCAAACGCCAGAGGGAGGCGCGGCCACUGGCCUAGGAGAUAUUCAAGUCGACUGUUUUUUUUUGUUUUUUUAUCGUUUCCCCAACCGACCCUUUCGUCGCCCUUUGUUUUCGCGUGUGGUGCUGGGGCUGCCUCUGCCUUCUUCGUGA